AUGCGCUUGGGUCACAUCAUCGCAGCUCUUUGCCUCACGGCUGCACUGGGCAAGAAGAAGCCGCACAUUCUGUUCCUUCUGGCAGAUGACUUGGGCUGGGCCAACACCGGCUUCCAUCGGCAAAGCGCCAGCACCGAGGACGAGAAGCAGGGCCAGCUGGAGGUCCAGACACCAACCAUCGACCAACUGGUGAAGGAUGGCAUCAAUUUGGAUCGUCAUUAUGCCUACCGUAUCUGUGGGCCAGCGCGAGCCUCGCUGCUUUCCGGUCGCUUGGCACCUCACGUUCUCGUGAAGAACGUCGCAGUGACCGCGCGCAACGAGGAGGAUCCGGUGAGCGGCUAUGCUGGCAUCCCCCGGAACAUGACAGGCAUGGGUGCCAAGGUGCGCGAGGGCGGCUACCGCACGCACUACACAGGCAAGUGGGAUGCGGGUAUGGCAACGCCGCAGCACACGCCCUAUGGCCGCGGCUUCAACACAAGCUUCCUCUACUACCAGCAUGCCAACGACUAUUGGAACAAGAAGACGGGGAUCCAAGCCACUGGUGAGAUCACCACCUGUCUGAAUGCAUUCUAUGACAUUAUGGUGGAGAACGACACCUACCGUGGGCCCUACACUGGAUCAGAGCUCAGCGAUGCCUGCAAACACAGUGAGGAGCGCACGCCAGCCUGCUACGAAGAAAAGAUGUUCGAGGACUAUUCCCUGCAGGUCAUCAAGAACCACGAUGCAUCUGAUGAAGAGCAUCCGCUCUUCCUCUUCCAUGCAUUUCACCUGCUGCACACGCCCCUGCAGGUGCCGAAGUACUACUUCGACCAGAUCGAGGAGAGCGUGGUCUCAAAGGGGGGCCGCGCCUUCGAUUCGGAGAACCGGCGCCUGAUCAUGGCCAUGACGAAGUACAUGGACGAUACCAUCAAGAACCUGACCACGGCCUUGAAGGAGAAGGGCAUGUGGGAGAACACCUUGGUGGUCUUUACCACGGACAACGGGGGCCCCAUCUAUGAGCCUGGCUCCUCCAACAACUAUCCGCUUCGAGGGGGGAAGUAUUCCGACUUCGAGGGCGGCGUGCGCACCACGACGUUCAUGUCCGGCGGCUACAUCCCCAAGGAGAGGCGCGGAAAGGUGCACCAGGGCGUGGUCUCCUUGGCCGACUGGUACACCAUGUUCUCCGAGUUGGCAGGCGUCGACCCGGAGGACGCUGAGGCGGCUAAGGCCAACGUCUGGCUGAAAGCACAAGGCCUCACCGAGCUGAGCAAAGUGGACGGCAAGAAGGGUCAACUGGAAGCCAUCUUGAAGGGUGAGCCUGGGCCCUGGGCCAACGAAUCACUCUUCAUCUCUGGCAACGCCAUGUUGGAAUACCCUUACAAGUUGAUCACAGGCAAGCAACCAUACAUGAGGCACACGGGCCCAUUGUAUCCCAACUGCAGCACCAUCUCCUCGAUGACGGGUGGCCAGGGCCCCGACUUUAUCGACUUCGGGGUCUUGGAGAAGAAGCCAGACCUUGGAGACAAGUCUUACUGGCGAGGCGAUUGUGCUCACGGGUGCCUCUUCAACGUGGAGGAGGACCCUGCCGAAAGCAAGGACCUCUCUCAGGACCCUGCCCAACAAGAGAGGAUGACGCGUAUGAUCAACGCUCUGUCACAGCACAAUCAGACCCUCUUCAUCCCCGAGCGUGGCGAGACUCACUUGAAGGCAUGCUACUCGAUGAUGCUGAAUGGUGGUGGGCACUUUGGACCCUUUGUAGACAUCGAAGGCUACUACACAAGUCCUCCCAGGGAGAUGCAUGACCUGAACCUUCGUGAGAAGGCCCAGAUGAUGAUGAUGGCGGCCAUUGAGAAGGAUCCUCUGAGAUCUUUCGUCCAGAGGAUGGCGGCAAAGCGCAUCCUGAAAAAGUUGGAGGAGACAAGUGACAAGUGCUGCACGAACACAGCCUGCACUGGAAACAGCACUGAUCCGGGAAUGCCAGAUGUGUUCGCUUUCGUCCAAAGUGUCAAUGCCACCAUGAUCGAAGCAGUUGGCGAAACCGGACUCGGCGGAUACGUCUAG